AUGAGUCAUCCCGCCGGUAAACCAAUAACCCCACAAUUUUUGGGAAAACUAGCGGGGCACUGUGAAAAAGCGGGCAUCGCAUACGCUGUGCUCGGAGGAGCCGCCUGCGUCGCGUUGGGCAGCACCCGAGCAACCGAAGACGUGGAUCUCGUCCUCCGGUCCAAUAAGGGCGAGGACAUCGACAAAGCCCUCCAGACCCUAGCCAAAACCGACGCGGGUUUCAAAAUUGGGCAUGGAUCCUUUGGUGAACCGACGUUCACUUUGGAUGGGACAGAAAUUGAGGCGUUUGAUCCCAAGUCCUGGCCCAACCGCCCCCAAUACACCGAGUUCUUGACGCCCAAUGGUCAUGUGGUGCAGAACGUGGGGGGAGGCGCGCAUGUGUCUGUUGUGGCUCCGCCUUUGCUCUUGAGGGAGAAAUUGGUCACGCAUGAAGAGAGGAAAGGAGCCAAGUCAGUGUCGGACAGUUUCGACAUUGGGUUCCUUUUGGGGUACUGUCAAAGUCACAAGUUGAAGCUCGACAUUAAGGAUAGUAGUGACACCUCCAAAUCUGCACGGGCGGGUCUCGAGCGGUAUCUGGAGGGGAAGGGCGCCAACAAGGCAGCAGCGGCAGCGGUUGUGAUCACUAAGUAA